UUCUGUCGCCACCAUCGCUGCAGUCUUCCCGUGGCGGCUUCUGUGACAGCCGGGUGCCCACUGCGCAUUCCUUGUACUAUGUCCGCAGUCUCUGGUCAUCCCCUGUACUGUGUCCGCAGUCUCUGGUCAUCCCCUGUACUGUGUCCGCAGUCUCUGGUCAUCCCCUGUACUGUGUCCGCAGUCUCUGGUCAUCCCUCCCUGUACUGUGUCCGCAGUCUCUGGUCAUCCCCUGUACUACGUCCGCAGUCUCUGGUCAUUCCCUGUACUACGUCCGCAGUCUCUGGUCAUCCCCUGUACUGUGUCCGCAGUCUCUGGUCAUCCCCUGUACUACGUCCGCAG